AUGCGGUCAAGAACUGGAUGUUUGACAUGUCGCAAUCGCAAGCUUAAAUGCGACGAACAAAAGCCAAUAUGCGGACAAUGCACAAAGGCUAGUCGCCAAUGUGUGCCUAGUCCAGGUGUUGUCUUCAGACAUCAGCAGAAUGCAUCAAUGAACGGAUCGGGCACCAGUAACGUUGAUGGUGGGCUCAAGAGCUUCUAUGGAUACAAGGAGACAUUCGGCAAAGACAGUAUCUGGGUGGCCAUCCCGCGUAACCGUGAGCAACCUGAAUUCGGGAAACUCGAGCACCCCAAGGGUUCCGGCUCCAAGAGAACCCCCGCAGAGUGGUCUCACAAGGCUCGCUACUACUACGACCAAGCGAUUACGCUGCUCAGACAAGCACUCGAGAAUGAAACCAGACAAGCAUCUGCUGGCCAACAGUCACCAAUCAUAAACAAUACCAAUACUAGACUAGAUACAACCGACCUAUCCAUGUGGCGGUCUGCUGGACUGCACAUCUCACAGUCGGGAUACAUUUUGCCAUCUAACGAUCCUGCAGUACACGAGCCGAUGGCUGAUGACAUGGUAUCAAAUGCGUUGAUCUGGCUCAUGAUGAAGCUAGUCAAUUUCAUUUCUGCUGGCGACGAGUUUCCACAUGAGAUGGGCUUGGGUGUUCGACAGAUAGCACUGCUAGAAUACUGGCAGGGGCUGGAAAAGCAACUGGAUAUAUGGUUCGAGCUGACCUGUUUCGGCGCCAGNAAUAAUGUGAGAAGUGCCACCAAAAUCCCAUUGAAAUGGUUCGCUCGGCCCAUGUGUGCAUCAACGAUGCAAUCAUUCCACUUUGCAAAAAUUCAGCUGCUCCUCAACAAACCUCAUGAAUCGACAGGCACAAAGCACAUCAAGCAACCAGGUACAAGCAGUAAGGGUAAUACGUGGUCUCUAGCUCAGCGGCACGCAUCGUACGCAUCCAUCUUGCGGCAGAGCAGGAAACACGCCGAGGAGAUUGUUAGCAUCGGCCUUGGUCUGAAGAACGACAGCGCGAGAAUUCACAGUGUUCAGCCUUUGUAUACGGCUGGUCAGGUAUUAGGCAUGCGAGAUUCNCCCGCCAGGAUGACUGCGAUUGGUGAAGGCAACUCGCUGGAUGAGGUUGAUGCUAUGCGUGGCUGCGUGCUGAAUUUGCUGCAGAGCAUCCAGCGAGAGACGGGAUGGGCGACAGAAUAUCGCAUGCAGCAGCUGCUCGAAGAGUGGGGUCUCCCAAACGGACAGGACUAG